AUGGAGUCAAUUCCGAUAUCGAUAAACACUCUCGCUAUUGACGAACCUACUCUCGAAUCACCAACGACUCCCCGUAGCUGUGCGAUGUCUCUCGCCGCCCGUCGCUCAAAAUUGCGCGAUACUCACAUCCAACAUCAUCAAACCUCUUCGCCACAGCUAUCCUCACAGUCUCCGUCUUCUCCAUGCCCUCCGCCUGCCAGAAUACUGCGCCAUCCAUCCCCAAUUCGAUACCAAUCCACUCCACCUUCAUCCCGCUGCUUUGCCGACAUCCUUGACCCAACUCUUAACCUCUCCGACGACAAUGGCGACAGGUCAAAUGACGUCGACCUCCAGGUCAAACUCGCACUGAUCGACCUGCUCAACUGCAGCGACAUUAAGACGGAUCAGGAAUCCCGGUUAUGGGUGCAGAACAAACUCAUGGAUACCGAACAUCGAUUAAAAGCCAGACGGAGAAGCAGAGUCGUGCACUGCUAG